AUGAAGCGAUUUUUAGUUACAAGUUCUGAAAAUAAUAAAAAAUGCAUUAAAGAAGCUAUCGAUAUACCUUUACGGGCCUCACAUGGUUUAAAUGAAUCAAUGGUUCACAAUCCUUCGACUAGUUCAAAUUCAGCUCAAGAAAUCGAUAAAAUUACAAAUAAUUAUUUGUUUGACGAUGAUAUCGUGGUAUACUCCGAGGGUCCCGAUCAACAUCUAAACCACUUGCAGAGAGUCUUGGAGCGACUCCAGUCUUACGGUCUGACGUGCCAGCCAAAAAAAUGUACAUUCGGGGUGACACAGAUAAAAUUCCUAGGUCACGUCGUGGACGGUGAAGGAAUAGACCGGGAGCCGGAAAAACUGACGGCGAUUCAAGAAUUACCGGUUCCAAAGAAGACUAAAGACGUGUUGCGGGAGUUAGGCGUUUGUGGUUGGUACAGUCAGUUCGUGCCGCACUACGCCGAGAUCACAGCACCACUCACGAGUCUGUUGGCCAAAGGGACCAAAUGGCGUUGGUCAGAAAUUGAGCAAGAGGCGUUCUGGAAGUUGAAGGAGUCUUUGGUUUAA